UGCCGCUCCCGCUGCUGGUGCUGCUGCUGCCCGCGCUGCUGCUGUGGCAGCUCGGCGGAGCCCGGGCUGAGGGCUCGUGUCCCAAGCCAGACCGGCUGCAGUACGCAGAGCUCGACCAGAGCUCCAUGGAAAUGCAGGAUUUUCCAGUUGGGAGCCAAAUCUCCUUUAUUUGCCGCCCGGGAUACAUGAGGGUCAGUGGGAUGUCACUCACCUGGACGUGUGGUGAUGAUUUGGAGUGGUCACCCAAGGGUGUCUUCUGUACAGUGAGAAAAUGUACAUACCCAGGAGACUUGGAAAAUGGUUAUUUUAAUCUAACAGAUCUUACAUUUGGUUCAAAAUUGACAUUUUUUUGUAAAGAAGGAUACAGAUUACAGGGUAGUGAAGAGAUUACCUGUGAUAUCAAGGAUGAGGGUGUUGGCUGGAGUGGAGCUCUGCCUUCUUGUGAAAAAAUCCCUUGUGAGCCACCACCCAAAAUAGCCAACGGGGUCUACGAGGAAAGUGUCAGCUACGUGUACCAGAGCUCAGUGACCUACAGGUGUCGGGAUGUUCCCAAGGGCAGCGAUCCCUUCUCCCUCAUUGGCAGUGCCACGAUCCACUGCACGUCUGAUGAACACUCCAAUGGAGUUUGGAGUGGGCCACCUCCAGAAUGUCGAGUGGUCAAAUGUGAAGACCCCAGAGUUGAAAAUGGGAGAAAAAUAUCUGGAUUUGGAAAUGCCUACAGUUACAAGGACUCAGUUGUGUUUGAGUGUGAACAAGGCUAUUUCUUGGUUGGAGCAGAGGUAAUUACCUGUGAAGAAAAUAGCACCUGGGUUCCUCCAAAGCCAACUUGUGAGAAAACUCCUGCAGAGGUGUGUCCUGCCCCAGAGGUCCCCAAUGGGCUCCUGGUUCCAGUCAAGGCUGACUAUGACAAAGGAGAGUCUGUGCAGAUCAGGUGCAACCCUGGCUGCUCCUUCCCUGAUGGCUCUGCAGAGGUGACAGUGACCUGUGGAGAGCAGAGGUCCUGGGGUGCUUUACAGCACUGUGCCUGCAAACCUGAAGGCUCUGGUUCCACCCCAGUCAUAAAUUAUGGGAGAGUGAUAGCUGGACAAAAAUCCUCCUAUUCUGUGGGGGAUUUCAUCACCAUCGAGUGUUACACGGGGUACACCUUGCAGGGGGAGCCUCGGAUUCAGUACACUGGAGACAACCAGUGGGUGCCAGCAGUGCCCAGCUGCCAGCUCAGUGGAUAUAUUAUAGCCAUCAUCUGUGUGAUUGUGGUAGUUGUGGCUCUCCUGGCUGCCUUCUGGAUCUACAAGAAAUUCUUCUCACAAAAUGGGAAACGUGACAGCACUCCCAGUUCUGCCGAAUAUAAGAUGUGUAACCCAUGACUGACUUUUUUUGGGGGGGUUGGAGGGAUUUUGUGGUGGAAUAUCCCUGUCAGAGCUGGAAAAUGAUGAUUGCCCUUGCACUGAGUUGCUGUCCAUGAGUUCCUUGUGCUGUGUCUUGCCCUGCUGAUGAACUGGAGGAGGAGAUGCUUGAUAGGAUAAAAAGUGUGUGUGCUUGUAGAUAACCACAGACAGAUCCUGCUUUGCCCUCGUUGUCCCUCUGUGAGCUGGGGAAAGGCAAUAGCUGCAGCAUGCCAGAGUCUGGGGGAAUGCUGCAAUUUCACUGCCCAGCCCUGCUGCCUUCAGUGCUGCCCCUUGCCUUACAGAAAAUGUCCAAUAUUCUCCUUUCUGCAGAGCUCUGCUCCCUCAAACCCGGUUGUCCUUCCCCAGUUGAGGUGGUGUAAAUGGUUCUGUUGUUUUUCUGAAAUGUGCUGUUGCUCCUUCCCUGAAGGAUCUGGUGCCCUUGUAGGCCGUGUCUUUUUAUCAUGAUUAAGAUCUUAUAUACUCUACCUCUUUGUCUGCCAAAGCUGGUUGCUGUGUAUAUAAUGAAUUAAAGUGUGCCUUGAAAUCAGAGUUUUAUAGCUUUUCCUUUGCUUUAAAGAAGGAAAAAAGCCAUAUAUAUAUAUAUUUAUAUAUAUUUGAUUCUUUGCUAUAAUCCCCCAAAGACUGCAGUGGAUUUGUUGGAACUGAAAGCUGAAGGAUUCUGUAGCAAAGGCAUCCCCUGCCUGUUGACAGGAGGUCCUGAAUGAAAGGAACUGCUGAGAGCUCAGUGGUGGCUGUGUCUUGCCAUGAGCACAGUGGAAGUUCCUUGGGGUGUUUGAUUUUAGUGAGCCUUGAUGUCAGUUCUGGGGAUCUUCUGUUGCUUCCAAGGAUAGAAACAGGUGCUGUGUGAUCCACCUUCCUUGCUUUUUUUUUUACUUGAAGUCACAUAUUGCACAUUUCUAACCUCUGCUGCGGACUGGGAUGUUAAAUCAAGCUCUGGAAAGCUGGAUUUAGCAUCAGAUUCCUGUUUGGAAGCAGGAGCUUUUCCCUGUGGCUCAUUUUCCAUGUUAAAGGCGAACCAGACCAGUUCAGCUGUGUGAGUGCUGGUAGAUGUGGUGGUCUCUUGUUUUGCUGUUUGUUCAUCAAAUGUUUUUGUCCAGAUUCUGACUCCAGGAGCUCCCACCACGGUGUUUAUCAUUAGCAGAGACCCACUGCUACUUCUAAUUCCUCAGCAAACCCUAAAUCAUGACUAGAACAGGUCUUUAGCUUCAUGAAUCUCACUAUCAGCAUUCAGGCAGCUUCUGAUUUUCACAGAAAACCCAAACAGCCUCACUUCAGAUGCCUGAGGCUGCAUUCAAACUGCUCUGGCUUGUCUGUGGCUGCUUGGCACUGCUCUCCCUGUCAUCAACAGAUCGUUGGAGUGGCACAGAACUGUUGAGGGCUUUUUGGGACAAUCCCAGCAGUCUCAUUGUUAGAGUUGAUAAUAGGCUGUGCUUGUUAGAAAGGGGCUUUGGCUCUGCAGGAGGAUUUGCUGUUGGUGGCCUGGCUGAUGUCUCAGUUUGAGAGGUGUUUGCAAACACUGGGAUGUGUGACUGGGGCUGAGUGGUCAGGAGCUCAGCUUGCUUUGUGUGGCAUCUGCAAUGUGCUGAAAUACACUGGAAUGUACUUUGUUGGGAACUGAAAUCACUGUAAAAAGCGGCCUUUUUUUACUCUUCUUUCUGGAUGUAAAGAUUAGCCAUGACAUGUAAUAUUCCAAAUAAAAACGUUAAAUUAUUUAGCAGUAA